ACACUAGGUCUCCCACACACACACAUGUACACACAGAGAAAAAUGCCUAAGUGGUGCGUGAUUUUCGUGCUUGUUUCAGUUGUAGUUCAUGCAAAUGCACGCGAGAUGCCUAGUAAUGGUGGUGAUCAUGCCCAUGACGACAACACGCUACUAGUGCAUGCCAGUGCUCCGGAGACAGAGUCACCUAAAGCCAAGGGCCUUGACGACAAGAAGAAUUUUGUAUACGGAAGUGUUGGAGGAUUUGCAGGGAUGGGUGGUUUUGCGGGCAUUAAUGGGGGUAUGCUGCCAAUCCUUGGUGGCGUCGGUCCAGGAAUCGGCAAGGUUGGUGGAAUAGGUGGGGUUGGGGGCAUAGGUGGGUAUAGUGGCAUUGGGGGUCUCGGUAGUGCAGGCGGUCUGGGUGGUGGCGGAGUUGGUACUGGCGGCAGCGUAGGUGGCGGAGUUGGCGCCGCCGGUGGUCUGGGUGGUGCUGGUGGGCUUGCUGGCGGCCAUGGUGGCCUCUUCCCAAGUCCUUAAGUCAUGUCAUCCAUCGUUAAGUACGAUAUUGCAAUAAUUUGUUCACUUCGUAGGGUACCAGCCGUACGUACGUGGUCUUUGUUUCUGUGUUUUUAUGCUGUUUUGUUUUGGGUGUACUAGUGUACCUUCACUGUGGUCGUACGUUUAGCUACCUCUUAUGAUCGGAGCUCCGAUGAUCGUGAUCAGUUGUACGUGUCUGUCAUUGCUGAUUUUAAUUUUCACGUUUUAGUUC